AUGUCUGCUGCAACCGCCACACUGAGUGUUGUCUCGGCACACUCUGGACCAGCCACUAGCAAUGGCGCAGAUGUCAAGUCAUCGAAUGCGGAAAUGCAUGCUCAAGUGCUCCACCAGUUUGCACAAUUUGAGACUUCCCGUCGAAUGAUUGCCUGCCUUGUUAACGAGGGCAUGAUCGAUGCAUCCGUCGACCAAUCCGGCUACCUCAACCUCCACCAGCCAAAGCAGUCCAAAGACACCAAAGGCCUGGUACUGUCUGUCCCAGUUAUGAUCAGGCGGGAGCAGGAGGGCCAAGUUGAAGAUGUGGCGGAGACAGACCCUACUGUGCUCUUCAGACUGAUGUCUCCUUGGUUCACGAGCGAGAAUACAAGCCAAGAGGCGAUUGACACAAUCACUCGGCAACUAAAAAGCUCCGCUGAAAAUCAAGAGGAGUGGUUCCACCUUGCCAGGAAUCAAAACUUGCCAACCCUCGCCGACUCAGCCAUCGUGUGGGAGCAGAGCAUCCUCACCGGCCAUCCAACACACCCAAUGCACAGGAGCUGUUUCGCCCAGGAGCCCCUGGAACCCGUGUCACCCAAGGACGUCCACUCCCUCCGCAACCCCGAAAUCAAGUUCCUCGCAGUCCCAUCCUCAGAUCUACGCAUUACCGGGGCUUUCCAAUCCCGUCUUCGACCCCUUCUGCAGAAGCUGGGCAUCACCAACACGAUCCCUGGCACGGUCGUGGUGCCCUGUCUAAAGCGCCAGAUCCCUGCCAUUACGACCCGCUUCCCGAGGGUCGAGGUGCUGCCGUCCCCACCUGUCACCGCGCGCGCCCAGGCCGCUACGAGGACGGUUUCCUUGGCCCCAGAGCUUGAAUCCCCGUACCAGCUUAAGCUGGCCUUGGCCUGCUUCAUCACCUCGGCGCUCCGAACCGUCAGUCCUUGGACUGCAUGCGUGGGUCCCGAGGCGGGGGAGGUCUUGUCAGACCUCCUGCCCGAGAACCUGUGGGUUGCCCGCGAGGUCGCCAGCGUCACCGGUAGCGGCGCCGACUUCGACGAGGCGAAGCACAUCUCGUGCGUUCUCAGGGAGGACCUGGAGCCGCGGGCGAAUGCCCUGGGCGAGGCCCUCAUCCCUGCUGCCGCCCUCGCCGAGACCGACCUUGCGACGGGUAUCAGCAGUGCGGAGCGUGUCUUCGGCCUUGACACGAUCGAGAAGCGUAAGGAGUGGUUACGAAAAUACGUCUCGACCUUGUUGCGCCUCGUUAUCCCACCAGCCCUGGAGUCUGGCGUGGCGCUCGAGGCGCAUGGUCAGAACAUGAUGGUGCGGGUGAACAGGUCCACGAAAGAAGUUACUGGAUUUGUCGUGAGAGACUUUGGCGGCAUCAAGAUUCACAUGCCAACACUCCGUGAGAGAGGCUACACUCUCUACAGCGCCUUGCCUGACAGCUUUGUGACCACUGAUGUCCGGGAAGAGGCGUGGGACAUCCUGCACCACACCCUUUUCAACAACAACAUCAACCAUCUUAUCCAGUCCCUAGGUCUGCACCGCAAUGGUGGAUGGGCGAUUGUCCGCGAGGAGCUAAACGAGGUCAUCAAUGCAUCCACAGUCGGCCCUCGGAAUGAGCUGCUACAGUAUCUCUCCAAAGAUCAAGUACACCUGAAGUGCUUCUUGAAAAUGAAGCUUGAGGGGCUCUACAGAGAUUACCUGCAUGUCUACGUCCCCAACCUGCUUCAAACACAGUGA